AUGGCAUCUAAUAACAUGAACAACCCUUUCUAUUUAGGUCAACCCAUACAAACAACUCUUCGCCAACAAGCAAAUGCUAAUCGAAUAUCCGUUAAUGUACCAUCGGUUAAACAAAUUUCCCUCUCAAUGAAGAUACAAGAAAAGCAGGAGGAAUAUAAUAAUUUGUUAGUCCUCAAAAAAACUUCACAAGAAUUUGCAGAGUAUUUUAACGUGUUGGCCUCACAAUUCGAAGAGUUGAAUAACGGUUGUGAAACUGUUGCUACAGUUUUUCGUAACUGGCAAACAGUUUUCCGAUCGGUUCUUCUACCUGAAGAAACAAAAGACACAGUGUGUUCCGAAGCUGGCAACGAAUAUCACACGCAUCAUAACGACGCAAGUUAUCGUGGAAAAGCCGAAUCCGAGCCCCGAAUGCCAGUCGUCGCACUUGGUGUAUCUUAA